CGUGAGCUGGAGAGCAGCUUUGACCGCAUGCACCUUGCUGGUAGAUAUGGCCAUGCCAGCUUGUACGCUGAUCUUCUUGCUUGGCUCGCGUAUCUUACAUCGGACCAUGCAAUCGAUGCAGCUUUGGCUACUUAUGGGAAGUAUGCACGCCUGCUGAGUGAUCCAGCAGCAGUUGUGAGCUUAGAGCUGCUAUUGCAGUACAAGGCGAGGCUUCUCAGUCUUCAUAUUGCACGUAAAGCAUACAAGCCAUCGAUACUCCGCGAUGAACUUGAUGGCGAUCUUCGCACGUGCCCAAGCAAUAGUAUUCUCCUCGCUCUACGGUCCUGUCUGGCUGAUCAGGAUCGCCUCCGCGAAUUGGUGAAAGUGCCGAUACUAGCACGUACAUCACAACCAGACAUUGUGCAGUGGUUCGUGAAGCUCGUCCAGGAGGUUCGCCGCGUGGGAGACCAAGCUGCCUCUGGCGCUACGGAAAACAACAUUCGAGCUACAUUCUCAAACGCGGUGCUGCUGCCUGAUAGCCCGAUUAAACACGCGCCGGCGCUUUGGAUGGUGUGGUUGGAGUGGGAGUUCAGCAGAGUAAGGGUCCUCGAACAGCAAUCGAAGACGUCUGCUCUGCAGAGAGUCAAACGCGUUAUACUGGAUGGCAUGAGAUAUAUACCUUGGCACAAAGGCUUCAUUCUCCGGGGACUUGAGUGUUUGAUAGCAAACGAAGAAACAUCGGCCGUCGUUCGGCAGGAACAUCGACAGAUGUAUGACAUGCUCGUGGAACGCGGCCUGAGAAUCAGGUACGACAUCGAGAGCGCUUCCUAACGCCGAAAGGGGCCACGUUCAGAGCGCUUUUGAUCACGAUUAUCACAAGAACAGAGGCCUCACUAGUCCCUCCAUCUCGUUCACCCACGUCACGUGCAGCGAUACAAUACCAUUCCUGAGGUGGGCUCCAAAACAGCCACCACAAACCCGCCAGCGUUUACCCUCGCCGCAACAGCUUCGAGCGAUCUCUAUCCCCCACGUUUCGUAUUGCACCAUACAUCCCUCGCAUGAUAAGUGAUGAGUAGUUACUCCCACGUCGAUAUAGCCUCAAUCUCACCAGUAACCGCU